AUGGUUUUCAAUAAGGCUCCUACGUUCUUGCUCUUAAUAGUUUUGAUUAGUUCAAUUGGAGAGAAACCUUCGAUUGUAGAAGGAAGAGUACUUUCGUUAAUAUCUCAUCAAGGGUACUCUAAGAUUUUUGCGACGCUUGGAGUUAUUUGCAAGUGUUGUGAUGAUGGGGUUGAAGGUGCAUGCAAAGAAACAUGGACAGAUUCUUGUUCUAACGUACGGUGUUUACCUUGGAAAACAUAUUAG